AUGGAAAACGGUUAUCGAGAUCCGACGGCCGAUGAGUUGGUCCAACGGUUUCGCCUAACCUCAACUUCCUCAUUGACCAGUCCAAAGCCAACCAAGCCGCCACUGACUGUAAGUUUUUUUGAAUUUGUUUUCUGCGUUUUUGUUUGUAAUGAAGCCGAAAGAGAAUACUAAUGGUCCAGAAGGGACAUUUGAAAAACAAAAGUUUUUAGCUUUGCAAAUUCAGGCUUAAAAACGUUUUUAAAAAUUUUUAAAUUUAAAAAGUUGGUAUUAAACAUAAAUAUAUAUUUUCAAACUCAACAGGUUAUGUUUAAGCCUAAUAAUUUAUUUUUGAAAUAAAAAUUUAAUCUUAAGUUUACAAAAAACGGUUUUAAGCCUAAAACGUGACCUUAAGCCUAAAAAAAGAGUUUUAAACCUUAAAAGCCAUUUUAUAAGCCUGAGUUUCAUGCUUAUUCUUGAAAAACAGUUUUAGGACUUAAAGUCAAUUUUAAGCUUACUUAAUAACUGCUAAGCCUAACUUAUGAGUUUGAAGCGUACAUAAUUACUGCUAACCCUGAUGAAUUGGUUAAGCACAAAACUUUAAUUUUUAAACCUAAAACUCAUUUUUAAGCCUAAAGCUCAUUUUUAAGCCUAAAACUCAUUUUUAAGACUCUUUUUUAAGCCUAGGACUCAUUUUUAAGCCGAAAACUCAUUUUUAACCCUGCAGCUCAUUUUUAAGCUUAAAACUCAUUUUUAAACUUAAUUCGUUAUUUUUUAAACCUAAAAGUCUAAUUCAUCAAUUUUAAACCUAAAACAUCAACUUUUUUCAUAUCUAGCUAGCUUUUUACUCUGUUUAAGCUUUCCCACUUCCAGGUAUUCAAAAGAGGCAGUAGUGUGAUAAGGUCGGUCGAUGUGCAAAGUGUGGCCGCUUAUUCGUUGAGUCGGAAUUGCGUGUCAUCAUUGCAUCAAAAUUUCCGCUCAUCAUUAAUUUAUGGCAAAAACAAUGUCAGCGUGACGAGUUCGGAUGGAUCAGACACAUUGAAGGGAUACCUGUCUCUUCAUCAGGAGCACAGGAAGGCCAUCGUACUGAAAUGGAUGCCCAAUCAGUUAAUGGACAAUGGGUAACGUUGAUGAGUUUUAGUGGGCAGUAGGGUCUGGCACAAUAGUGUAAGGUAGGGCAGUUUGGGGUAGCUUAGGGUAGGGUAGGGCAGGGUAGGGUAGGGUGGGGUAGGGUAGGGUAGGGUAGAGUAGGGUAGGGUAGGGUAGGGUAGGGUAGGGUAGGGUAGAGUAGGGUAGGGUAGGGUAGGGUAGGGUAGGGUAGGGUAGGGUAGGGUAGGGUAGGGUAGGGUAGGGCAGUUCGGGGUACGGUAGCUUAGGGUAGUGUAGAAUAAUAUUUAAACACUUUUAGGUCUCAAACUAGUACGGAUACACCACCAGUGGAGAACGGUGACAGCAGUCGCUUAUGGCGGCAUACUAUCAUGAUUAACAUGAACGACAUUAUUUAUAUCCAUCUUCAUUCACAAGGUAUUUUCCACUUACUGUAUUCAAGUUCAGAAAUUUAAAAAAUUUUAAUUUUUAAAAAAUCGACCGCUAAAAAGUCUUGUCGUUUUCUGCCGUUCCAUAUAGUGCAAAGUGACGACAAGACUUUAUAAAUUUAAAAUUCUUAAUCUCAUUGCCAUUCCAGGUCCCCAACAGCCAAUCUCACUAGUCCUGGUGGAUGCCGAGGGUGUUCAACAUCGGCCGUUUUCGUUCCCACCUGGUCAACAUUGUGUACAGUUCUUGGCGUGUCUUGAAAGUGCUCUAUCACCCAGCUCACGGUUAGAUCCUCCGUUGUGGUUUGAGCCUGGGAAAGGUAGGUGUUGACAAAAAACUCAAUUUUAGGCUUUCAUCUUAUAUCUUUAAGCCUAAAAACUUAAUUUUAAGCUUUCAACCUCUACCUUUUAAGCCUAAAGUUUUAAUUUCAAGUCUUCAGACUAAAUUUUUAAGCCACAAGGCCUGAUUUUAAGCCUUCAAGCUAUAUUUUUAAGCCUAAAUGCUUAAUUUUAAGCCUAAAAUAUAAAAUUCAAAAUUUUUCAGGAAAAGCCCUCCCUCAAGUCAAGCGAAAAUCAAGCUUUUUCCGUCGUGCCAGCGAAAGCUCGACCGACGAGAACUUGGAAUGUCACGAUUAUGUUUUCAGGAUUAGGCGGAUUAAAGAUGAAUCAUCAAAUUCGUCCACGCCCGCUACCGUGCCACUAAGAAACAACGUUCUCAACGAUUUUGUCAGCCAAAACGGCUUCCGAUCUCAUAGGUAUGGCAGUUUUUAUUGAAAUUUUAAAAUGUUUUUGAAAUUUAGAAAAAAUGGCAAGAACUUUUUUUGCAAACCAAAAAAUAGCAAGAACUUUCUUUACAAAACAAGAAAUGGCAAGAAAUUUGUUUACAGAAUACAAAGUGGCAAAAACUUUCUUUAGAAACAAAAAAUGGCAAUAACUUUCUUUACAAACCAAAAAAAUGGCAAGAACUUUCUUUACAAAACAAAAAAUGGCAAGAACUUUCUUUACAAAUCAUCAAAUUUCAGUAACUCCUUGCCUAACUCCCCGGCGUGUACAAAAAAACGAGCUUCAUCAUCGUCAGUCCGAAGCCGGGACCUUAAGGCUCCAGCACUAGCCCGAGCUAAAGAAGCAUCUCUAGAACAACAUAGUUCAAUUGAAAAGUGAGUUUUUAUAUUCAAUUUUGUUUUUUCCCCUUAUAAACACAAGAUUUGAACAAAUUUUAUAUUGAUAGUGCCCUAAAAAAGUCGUGUCGUCGAUUUACAUUGGUUUAUAUAGUAAAAAACGACAAAACUUUUUGUCUGGUCGAAAAAUUCUAAAAAUAAUUUUAAAAUUUCAAAAAAAAUUUUUAAAAGUCCAAAAUCAUUCCAGAGAAAGCCUACUAGACGCUUGUGAAACAGUCCGCCGGCAGAUCCUAUCACGAGCCUUCUAUGGUUGGCUAUCGUACUGUAAACAUAUGAAAACAGUGCGAACUCAUCUAGCUUGUACCAUAAACAAUGUCAAGUUAGAAGAGAGUAAUUUCGAGAACAAAAUAGUCGACCGAGAGUUUUGGCAACGGUGCCGGAAAGAAAAAAGCGUAAGUGAAAAGAAAGUUUAUGCCAUUUUUUGGUUUGUAAAGAAAGUGCUUGCCAUUUUUUGUUUCGUAAAGAAAGUUUUUGCCAUUUCACGUUUUGUAAAGAAAAUUUUUGCCAUUUUCCUUUUUGUAAGGGAAGUUCUUGCCAUUUUUUGUUUUAUGAAAAAAGUCCUUGCCCUUUUUUAUACUGUAAACAAAAUCCUUGCUAUUUAGCCUUUUGUAAACAAAGUUUCUGCCGCUUUUUCACCAAAUGCCAUUUUCAGUUAGACCUCAAAAAAGAGUUUUGGAUCCGCACCUAUCUAAACGGUAUUCAACCCGACAUACGAUGUAAAACCUGGCCCUACCUUCUGAAUCUAGUAUCGUGGAAAGAUGACAUCGGGUUUUUCAGCGACAAAUGGAAAGAAAGUUAUGAUAGAAAGGUCGAAAAAUGGAAGGAAAUAGAAAAAGAAGUGGUGAAACGUGACUGUGAACAGUUCGAGAAUGGUAGGGUUGACCAUUUUUGAUUAUUUUUUAAUGGGCGGGGUAAAAAUGGGUGGGGGAGGGGGACGGUUCUUUAAUUUUUUUUUCGCCGAACUUUUCCGUCAUAAAAAUUUUAAAAAUGUUUAAAAAAUUUAAAUUACAGCCAGAAUGCGUCAAAAUAGCGAAGUCGACCACAAUGAAAAUGGGAAAUGGGCGAGAGAGAAGUCAAUGAGCAGUGAUGUCUUUCUGGAACCGUGCCAGAAAUCAAAAACUGAAGUAAGUCUGCCCCACCCUACUCUGUCUUGUCCUAAGACCCUACCCUAUCCCCCGAUACUUUUUUCUACCAUACCCUAAGGUUGAAGAAAAUUAAGCUAUGGCACCCAGUAAAUCUAAACAUUUUCAGAACAUAAUCGACGAAUUUGGCACAAAUUUGCAUAGAAUCGAAAAAGAUGUGGAACGUUGCGAUCGGCACACAUCGUUCUUUUCGAAUAAAGAUAAUUUGGAGAAGUUGAAGACCGUGAUGUGUACGUAUGUUUGGGACCAUUUAGAUGAUGGUUAUGUUCAAGGAAUGUGUGAUAUUGCUGCACCAUUACUGGUUAUCUUUCAAAAUGGUAAAAUUUUAUACAUUUUUGAGUUGUAAAGAAAGUUAUUGUCAUUUUUUGCUUUGUAAAGAAAGUUUUUGCAAUUUUUUAGUUUUUAAAAAAAGCUCAUGCAAUUUCGCGCUCUGUACAGAAAGUUAUUGCCAUUUUUCAACCCCUAUGAAGCCCAAAAUUAAAUUUUAAAAAUUUCAGAAUCUCUCACCCUCGAAUGUUUCGAAGUUUUAAUGGAAAAAAUGAAAGUCAACUUUCCCCAUUCUCAAGGAAAUGCUAUCGAAAGUAACCUGGUCAACCUAAGGACGAUAGUACAAGUAAUGGAUACAGAGCUUUAUCAGCAAUUCAUGAAUGACAAUGACUAUACUCAUCUGUAUUUUGCUUACCGAUGGUUUUUGCUAGACUUUAAGAGAGGUAAGUUCAUUAUUAGGGAUGCAUUAUAGCUAGGGGGGGGGGGUAAAAAAGCCGAUUUAAAAAAUUGACAGAAAGAAGUUUUUGCCAUUUUGUAAUCAGUGAAGGAAGUUUUUGCCAUUUUCUGUUUUGUAAAGAAAGUUCUUGCCAUUUUUAGUUUUGUAAAGAAAGUUUUUGCCAUUUUUUUGUAAAUAAUCAUUUUUUAUUUAGAAAUGAAAUACGACGACGUUUUCAAAGUUUGGGAAGUGAUUUGGGCGGCCGAACAUACGGUUUCCUCCCAUUUUCAACUGUUUUUCGCGCUGUCGAUGCUCACAAACUAUCGCCAGAUUUUGUUGGAGAACAACAUGGAAUUCACCGAUGUUAUCAAGUUCUUCAAUGGUAAGCUGUUUUGUGAGUAAAGGUUAAACUUAAACAGCGAUAAUGAAGGGGUUUUCCUUGUUUCAUUCUGAAACGGCAAGAACUUUCUUUAUAAUACCUUGUUUGUUAUUAACAACAUUUAUUUAUGAAUAAAUGAUAUAAAUAAAUGUUGUUAACACCAAAGAAGGUAUUUUAAAGAAAGUUCUUGCCGUUUUCUAAAUAAAAACAACAAACAAAAUAAAAACAACAAACACCUUCGAGCAAGUACCUUUAAAAUAGCCAUGUUUUAUGCGAUAAAGAAAGUUCUUGCCGUUUUCAAGCAAAAAGCCAAUAGAAAACAGAAAGAACCUUCUUUAUUAAUUUAAUUUAUUAUAACAAAUCGUAUUUUACAUCAAACGUUUUUAGAAAUGGCAGAAAAGCACGAUAUUCCGGCAUUAAUUGACAGUGCCAGAGAGAAGGUCAAGUUUCUACAAGAUCUGGUUAGUCAUUCGACUUUUGAAGCCGCUUUGGACCAAUAA